UAUCAGGCUACUUUGUGAGGGGCCCCCUUUUCCUAGAAACUUCAGCACACCAAGAAGUCCUUAUCCAUGCAGGCCUUGAGCAUGGGCUCGGAUGUCAGCCCCUGCAUCCUCCGCCCCCGCUCCCUGCUUCCCAGGGUGGCAGACUCACCAAGGCCAGGGCUGCCUACCCACAUCUACAGGGCUGAGUACAGCCCAACCAGGUGCCUGCUGCUGGCCUGGAGCAUUCCAGCCUGGAUAGACCACCAUGGUGGGCACCACACUCCUGCUCCUGGCCCUGCUCCCUGGGACCGCCACUGUGCUCAAUGAACCACUUGCACUCCCGUUCCCUGGGGCACCUGGCCCCUGGCUGCGCAGACCCCUUUUCAGUCUGGAUUUAUCAGACACAGAGGAUUCAUUCCCUCGCCGCACUGGACCACUGGAGGUUCCAGCCGACAGCCAUGUGUUUGUGCAGGCGGCUCUGGCCCGUCCUUCACCGAGAUGGGGCCUGGCCCUGCACCGCUGCUCCCUAACGCCUUCCUCACGCCCGGCCCUGGGGCCUGCUCUGGUGCUUCUACGUGGGGGCUGCCCCGCCGACGCCUCUGUCAGCUUUUCACCACCUCCAUACCCGGAUGCUGCUCGCCCCGCACGCUUCAGCUUCCGCCUGCGCCCGGUAUUCAACGCCUCAGUGCAGUUCUUGCACUGCCAGAUAAGCCGUUGCCGUCGCAGCCAGCGCCACCGGGCUGUCCGCCAGACACCAACGCCUCUGACCCCGCCGGCGCCUCCGCAGUGUCUGCCUCAGGAUGAGGCAUGCACGGGCAGCGGUGAGAGCCUUGGUACCGACAGCCCGCUCCUGCACACUCUGACGCAGCCCAUCGUGGUCACAGUACCUCGUCCGCCCCCUAGGCCGUCCAAGAGCAUCCCAGGCAGGGCCGUGCGCCCCGAGCCGUCCGCUCCAGCCGCUGCAGCCUUGGAGCCGGCACCAGUGGUGGCGUUGGUGUUAGCGGCAUUCGUGCUGGGUGCUGCGCUAGCUGCAGGGCUCGGUCUCGUCUGCGCGCACUCAGGUACCGACUUCUGUCCCGCCAGAACCCCACACCUAUUUCCACACAUCCAGACAGCCUACUCCCCCAUACAACCCCCACCCCCCACCCCCCUACAUCCUGCGCGCCACAACGGCGAACUUCUCUCUCGGAUCUGGCCCUCAGGGCUAGUCCACCUGCGGCAGCUCCCACUAGGGGGCGCGCUCACCCUGGCACAGCGCACAGGCAACCCCUAUUCUAGCCCGCUUCUUAUUUCAGCACCUCCAGCCCCUGGCCAGCCUCUUAGAGCUUCGCCCAGCGGCCCUCAGCUCCAGAGGCCCUCGUAGGAAGAGAUGCCACAACCUGGUGAAGUCCUCCGAUGCAUCCAGUCAUGGAUUCAGAACCUUUUGGGAGGACUUCUGCAAGUCUCUCCUCCAUCUCCCCCAUCUUGUCUUUACUCCCCUGGUUCAAAAUAAAUUGCUGACCUGCCUGCUAAUGUUCAGUGUAAUCAAUAUGCUCCCACGGAUAGGGGGCAGGGAGGGCAGGAAAGGGAGGCUCCAGGCUGUGCCUUGGGACCA